GAGGCCGACUGUAGCUUCCUGACCUGACUUUCUGCACCUGUCUCAAACUGCUUUUCAGGCAGUUGUAUUUUGAACCAGCUGCUGUCUCGUUAGUUGUUGAACAUGUGUGGACUAGUUUCAGCAGAGUUACCACAUCUUACUGCUGACAAUUUUGUACACACUUUGGCCACUGAUGAUGUAUUAGCUCACUUCUUCAAUGAUUUCUUAAGUCUGCCGUCUUUUCCUGAGGCUGUGUUGUACAACCAGGAGACGCAUCUGUUUGAGAUGGUGAGCGGCGCAGCAGAGUUUAUCUCCAGAAGAAUCUCAACCGUUCUAAACCACAGCAAAUCCCAGCUUCUGACUGGCGACCCCUCAAUGCUGACUAGAACUCCUUUGGACAACCACUUCACUGUCUCUUAUCUGGACAGAAAACAAGGAAUCCAGUGGAUCAUGGAGGAAAGAUUGCCACUUUUCAUUCAGAGUGAUUGCUACAUUGAAUACAGACUGGCCAAGUUGUUGGGUCAGUUGGAACCAAACAUCUGUAUCCAGUCAACGAGGAGCAGCUCAGGGUCAAUGACAAAGUACAACUUGACGUAUCUACCUUCUGACCAGAAGGAACACAUCAAUACAAAAUGCAAGGAAUCAUCCAGAUGUUUCUCCAGCUGUUCUGAGCCAGAGAACCCAUGUACCUUUCCCGCUUUGUUCUCAUCAUGUUCCUCCUCCUCUAACCUUAAAUGUAUAAAAACCCAGGAACCCAAGAGCACACAAAUAGAGCUGUACCUCAGCCCAGAGAUGCAAUAUCUCAAAGAAUCCAGGGGUCAGAGUUUUGAGUCUGUUGAGGCACAGAUGGAGGACCUGGCUGCCAAAAUAAUUAAACAAGUGCUUAACAAUGCCCUGAGCGUUAUGACUGAUGAGAGCCAGGGAAACAUUUCUGACUGUUUCAACAAGUCAGCAGAGCAGACAAACUGCACCAGCAAGGGGGAGAAAUUGUGUGAAUGUGGUUGCCAACAUUCAGAUAACGGAGGCAGAGAGCCACUGGAGGGUAUACAAGCGAAAGUUCAAGAAGACAAGACGGUGAAUGCAGUGGAGGAGAAGACAGAAUGGGAUAAGAGGAAUAGGGAGGUGGGGAGUUGGGACAAAGACCAAGGAAAUGUCUGUGAUAUUGGUUGCCAUGUUAACUGUUGUCUGGACAACAGACCUGGCUUGGAUGAGUUCAGGCAGUUUUUGCGAGGAACGCCUGGAGAGAAACUGAUUCAUUUCUGGAUGGACAUAGAAAAACUGAAUUCUGUACAGCCAGAGCGGAAGAACAGACACUUGGUCCUGAUGAGGGGCCGGUAUCUGCUGAGCAGCAGUCCCAGUAGUCUGAACACAGACCUGCUCUCCACACUGGGACUGACCACCUCCACCUGCUGGACAGAAGAGAAACUGUGUUCAGUUCAGCCCUGCCUCAUUCAUGCUCUACUCUACUACUGGGCUCCACGGUUCUGGAAGUCUCAGUCUGCUCAGGAGGACCAUGAUGACAGCUCCAAUACGAGGCUGUGGACAGAGUGGGGGAGAAGGCCUCUGUCAGGCAGACAGCCUCACCAUGACUUGUUGACCCUCCCUCUCCUCGUACCUGACAGAUCCUUGUCCCGACCCCCCACCAAUGUCUAUUCACAGUCAUAUUGUAGCAGAAGUCAAUUACUGGGAAGCAGAAGAAUGGAGACCAUGUUACAGGCUCUCUAUGUCGACUCACGCGCCGGCUUGUUCUUCACACACUUCUGUGUUCAAACUGGAAACCAGCUGUGGGAGAAUGCAGUUUACUUCUGGACCGACCUACAGCACUACCAGCAACUGUUUUAUCAGGAGGGUCUGGAUCCCUACAGAGUACAGAGGGAGGCACAGCUCCUAUACUCCACAUAUCUGUCCGCCUCUGCCAGGAGGAGCAUUGGCGUGGAUGAGGAGGUCAGAAGGAAGGUGUACGACCGACUAACGCCGGCUUUUGAGGAGCUGUUUGACGAGGUGGAGGAGAAUACACUGAACAUCUUGCUGCAGCCAUGGACACUGCUGCUCAGCAGGGACAAAGAGUCCUUCAAGAAGGUGCAUGUGCAGGAGGAGGUGCACAGGGUUGACAGUGAGGAGUACAGGGAACUCCUGAGUGUGCAUGAGGAGUCAGAGCGUCGACUGAAAGAGGUGCAGCAGUCCAGGUCCAUGCUCUCUCUCUCUCCUACUGUUUCUUCUACUUCCUUCUCAAAGGGCCCCAGAGCAUUGGACUCUUGGUCCAGAGUGUCUCCAAAUUACCAAGGUUACCGUCUAGGUUCCUUACUCCGUCAGCAUCAUGAGAUUGGACACUUCCUGUCUUUCCUUCAGAAUCAGAAUGCCAGUAUUCAUCUGACAUGUUGGCUGGAUUUGGAGCAGUACAGGAGGACUCCUCAGAAAGACAAGGCUGUCAAGCAAGAGAGGUCCCUACACAUUGGAACCAAAUACCUCAACAGGAAGUACUUCUUUGGCCCUGAAAGCCCUGCCUCCACAGAACAACAGAAUGACGUAUUGUACCUGGCUGGUGGUCUGGAGCGUAUGAAGCUGAAGUGCCUCUCAAACCGGGUUGUUGCAGAGAUCCAGGACAUCAUUAGGAAUCACAUAGAGAAAAAAUGGCUGCCUCAGUUUUUGUCCACCGCAGAGUUUACAGAGCGACAGAGACACAAACCACAGCAUCAAGAAGCAGGCAGGCUCUCACAGCACGUACCCCACCGACGCGGAUCCAGGAGAAAAUCCUGGAAGGCCAGCAGCUCAUGGAUGAGUUCCUCCAAAGAGAUUCUCCUGUUUCGACAGAUCCUACUCAACCCUGUCACUUGUACUCAGUUCCAGCACUUUGUCUCCCUGAAGGGAGACUUCCUGGAGAAUGACAUGCUCUUUUGGCUCGAGGUCCAGAGGUAUAAGGACCUUUGUCACUCUCACAGCGAUGAGGCCACCAUCCAGCAGAAGAUCUCCAUCAUCAUCAACUGUUUCAUCAACUCGUCCAUGCCCCCCACCUUGCAGAUAGAUAUCCCUCCUGAACAGGCCCAGCACAUUCUGGAGAAAGGACGCGAGCUUGGCCCUUACAUCUUCAGAGAAGCACAGAUGUCAGUGUUCAGUGAAUUGCUGAAGUUUUGGCCCGAAUUUCAAGAGCUGUGCAGCAGUGUUGAAGAGGAGCAUCUUCUUCCUCUACUGCAAGACAAACGAAUCAAACAAAGAGCCAGAGUGCGAAGACAGAGGAGGAAAGUGGAAGAGGAUGAAGAGGAGGAUGAGAGGAGGAGAGCUCAGGAAGAGUGGGAGACACAAGAAUCAAGUUUUAAAGAAGCAGAAGACAUGGACAGUGACCCAGCUGAUACAGAAGAACCAGAGAGAAGAAGCAGUAGAAGUGGAAGAAGGGAGUGGAGGACACAGAGCAGAGCGCUGUCGUCGGCCACUCAGCCACUGUCGUGGUCCUACUCCAAAUACAUGGCAGCUCUGAAUAGAGAGGAGGUGCUGCUGAGGAGGAAGAGUCAGCUGGAAGCUUCAUUUGCCACAGCCUCAGACUCCUCCUGCUGCAGCGUCAGGUCAGCAGACAGUCAGCUCAGCCACAGACGGUCACACCGCUCCUCCAGUGCAGAGAGUACAAAGUGUAAUAGAUAUAACAGUAACUGAAUGGUGCUUCUUCAAUGGCUUCACACAACAUUCUGCAUCUAAAACAAAGGUCCCUCUCAUGUUGACUGCAGGAGGUGUGAGCAAUGAAACCAAAGUUUAAGAAUGACCUCCGACACAGACCGAGGCUGUUAUCGGAGCAUAUGAGUGAAAACUGAUCUCCUACUUGAAAUCUGAGGUUGGGUUCACCAAUGAUGUAAGAAUUUUUCAAAGCUAGUGUAACAAACACCCACUGACUUUUUAACCUCUGUUUCACUGCUGGGGUUUGAAAAUUAAUGAUUGUCUGAUGGAAAUCUAUACUGGCACAAAUAUUUAUGUUCAUUCAAUAAUAGAAUCACACUUAAUAAUAUGUUUAAUACUUUUUAAUAAAACUUUUCUAUAUUAAUAUACAUUUAUAUACAUUGAACACAAUAGACUUAAUUUACACUCAAAAGUGCACAAUAUCAUGUUGGCAUCAAUGUAAGGUUACAAAGAAAAAUGUUUAACAAUUAUGUCACAUCUAUAAAAACAUUUUGGUUGACAGCUGGAUUCUUGAGCUUCCAUCAAGAUGUAAAUAAUAUUGUACUUGUACAUGAGACAGUAAACACCAAGACCCUAUUCUGUAGAGUGAAACAGAGAGUUUAGAUAGAAAGGAAACAGAUUGAUGUCUCUAUCUGCAACACUGAAGAGGUUUCACAGCGACUGAACAAGUCCUUGGUUUAAUUUGACACAUAUACUUGUUUAGUGUUGGCUACAGUCAAAAUGUCAGAGCAAAAAAGAAUGUUGUAACUUAUGUCACUUUGAUUAAAACAGAUUCUGAAUGGUCAGAUUUCC